UGCCGGCUGGCCGCGAGCAGUGCUAAAAGACUCGGGGGUCAGCGAGGAGCUCGGUUGUGAGCAGCAGGUCGGGGAGCAGAGUGUUGCUGUCCUCUGGACGACGGCGGGCCGCGAGUACUACAGCGCCGCAUCCUCCACGACGCGGUCCCCGCAGGAAGUACGACUUCGUCACCCUGAAGGGCGCCGUUAUCGAGACGACAGCGCGGUGGAGGACUUCCUGCUCAAAGCGUACGCGAUUGCAGUACGGACUUUACGACGUAGAUCUGCACGAGGGGCACUACGCUCCGAACAAGACUUCAGCAGCUUCAGGACCUUUGUCUGCGGUCUUCCGACCCCGCGCGCCACUUCGCGCUCCCUUGCCGUAGGUCAGCCGACCCGCUGCAGCAACAAGCGAGCAGCUCUUCUCCUCCGCCGUCAUGACGGUGGUCAAGCAGAAGGCGGCGUGGCCCGAGCUGCGCUACAAGAUCGCCGGCAGCGCCGACAGCCACGCCGCUUCCGCCGCCAGCGUCUACCCCUUCUUCUACUCGCGCGGCCGUUCGCCGCUACCGACGCGCUGCGUCGUGCUGGCGGUGCUCCCUAGCAUUCUGUUGGCCUUUGCCGUCACGGGAAGUUACCUAAUGUGGUUCACCGACGUUUAUGAGAACAUGAUUCACUCGCAGAUGCAGUACGUCGAGGGUAGCGAGUUCAUGAAGAGCUGGCUGUCACCGCCGUUCGGCCCCACCACCAAGCUGUACCUGUACAACUACACCAACGUGGAGGACUUCAUGGCGGGUCGCGCCAGCCGCCUGCGCGUCCAGGAGCUGGGCCCGUACUCCUACGCCGAGGCGCUCGAGCACGUCGACGUGCGCUUCAACGACAACGACACCAUGUCUUUCAGGGAGAAGCGCACCUUCACGUUCCUGCCCGAGCUGUCCAAGGGGUCAGAGGACGACGUCAUCGUGGUGCCUAACCUUCCCCUCAUCUGCGCCAUCGCCCGUGUCCGCGACGAGCCGUACGUAGCCCAGCUGGGCCUGAAGAGCGCGCUGUGGGCCAGCGGGGGCGCCGCUUUCAACACGCUGGUCGUGCGUGACUACCUGUUCGGCUACAACGACACGCUGUACAGCCUGGCCAAGUCGGCGGUCGAGGUGGCCACGGGCGGCACGCUGCCCAAGCUGGGCAUGCUGGCGCCGCGCACGGGGCUGAGCAGCAACGUGUACACGGUGGAGACGGGCCGGAGGGACUUCAACCUGCAGGACCGCGUGGCGCGCCUCAACGGCAAGGCCGACCUGGGCGCGUGGCGGGACCAGGAGUGCAACAGCAUCGAGGGCUCGGCGGGGACCUUCUUCCCGGCGGAGGCGGCGCGCCGGCGCGCGCCCCUCUACAUCGUCAACGCCGACAUCUGCCGCCGCAUCCCGCUCGAGUUCAAGAAGGAGGUGACGGUCAUGGACGGCGUCCCGGCCCUGCGCUACGGGCCGCCGGACAACUUCCUGGACAACGCCGCCGACAACCCGGACAACGCGUGCUACUCCACGGCCUCCUACUCGGGCGUGCCGUCGGGCGUGCUGCUCAACGGGCCCUGCUUUAUGGACUCGCCGUCCUUCAUCUCGCUGCCUCGCUUCUACCUCGGGGACGCCCGUCUCAGGGCCGCCGUCGACGGCAUGGAGGAGCCCGUCAAGGAGCUGCACGAAAUGUUCUUUGACGUCCACCCGGAGCUGGGCGUGAACCUGGGCACGGCGAUGCGCAUGCAGGUCAACGUGAUGGUGCGCAAGGCCGAGCUGCUGUCCUCUUACCUGCAGCCCUUCCAGGACAACACCAUUCUGCCCGUGCUGUGGUUCGAAACGGUGAUGACGGACUUCCCCGAGGACGUGAGGACGGCCACCUGGCAUGCCACCUACACCGUGAGGACCGUGGAGCGGGCGGCGCGCUACGGGCUGCCGCUGCUGGCUGCCGCCAGCCUCGCGCUGCUCGCGCACGGGCUGGUCAGGCGGACCUCCGGCCAGAGGCCCGCCGACGCCGAGCUGCACUAAAAGCUCUGCUGUUCCUGAUGCAACGCGAUCUCCCUCGGCGGCGGCCAGCGCCCGACCGCCCUCGUCUGUGAUAAAAGUGUGCGCGUGGCGCGUGGCGCGUGGCGUCAACAGAGAACUCAAGCGAAUGCGUCUUCGUUCGCGAGUCUCGGCGCACCACACGCCGCUGCGGCCGAACAAAUAUUGUGCAUAACGUGCGUGACACUAUAGCGCUUCCAGGAGGAAGUUUCUGUUUAUAUUGGACAAACGGUAAACCGACGUAUCCUUGGAGGCUUGUUUUGCUGUCGUUACUUUACUUUUGUGCGAGCGCCGUCAAGCCCUAGUCUGGUUCGGGCCGUAGGACUACAAUAAGCACAACUGUCACAGCGUUCUGCAAAGCGGGAGCCCAUUCUCGAUGGUUGUUAUCUGUAGAAAUCUGACGUACGUAUGCCAAUUACAAGCGAGGCCCUACUUAUGUAAGAUUAUAUUUUUUUUGUGAAAUAGAUUGUGGCUGUGAUCUUAGCUUUAACUUUCUAUUCUACUUCAGAGUUUAGAAAUUAAGUUCAUAUGUUAAUUUUCUUAGUAUUACUAUUACUAGUUCGUGCCAUGGUCUAGGCACGCAUCGCAAGGCUCGUUCUUUAUCUACGUAUUACAGUAGUAGGCUCGAUUUGUGUGAAGACUUGGCUCCACUCAGGAUUGUCGUUCAAUUAUCUGCACUUGAUUAAAGCAAUGAUUGCGGCAGUUGCUGGCGUGGGCUUCGCAUAGCAGUGUGAGUGUGACGAGACCAAAUGUCGCCAUAUAUGUCAAAUAAAAAGACUGCCAAACGCGUCAA